AUGUUAAGUGAUAAAAGCGUAUUGAUUUCAUUAUUAUUAGAGUGAAUUAAUGAAAACCUAAUAAAUUGCAUAUUUUGGUUGUUAAGGUAUUUCUGAAGAUAAUCAUAUCGAAAUUGGUUUUUAAUUUGCUCAGCUAUUAAAUAUUGAGGAUGAUGAUUAAUUGCAAAUAACUACAGGUAAUUUUCUUUUUAGAAUAAAUUUAAGUCUCAAAUUGCAAUCAAUACAAUGCCAUAACUAUAUAUGUUCAAAAAUGGUCAGAUUAUAUGAUAGUUCAACAUUAAAAGGAUUAAUUUGAAACAAGUCUCCUUAAUAAUAUUUAAAUUGUCUAUGAUGAAUUAAUUUUUCCAAUAUUUUAUUAGGAAGGACAAUUUGUUACUUUUACUUUCAAAGCUUAAGAUAAUAAGGGUCCUAUUGCUAUCAGUCCUGAUUGUGAAAUUAAUAUUUUAAUUGAAGAAGCAUAAAAGCCAGAGUAGAAAUUAGAUUUAAUUGAAUUAAAUGUAUUACUUUAAGAUUAAGAUUAAUUUGAGUCGUUUAUUGAAAUAAAUACCGAACUAUACCACAAUAAUAGAUUAGACAAAUUAUAUCAAAUAACUUAUUCAUCAUCAUUUCCAAAAUCAUAUAGAAACUUUCAAAAAUAUGCUAAGAAUUUGAAAAAAAAUAAGUAAAAACAAAAUAUUCCUAAAACUGUAAUUGUCUAAUUCAAAUAAAAUAACAAAAUUAACAAUAAAUAUUGUUUCAUUUCCAAAUUUUAUGCCAAGCAUCUUGGGAUAAGGGAAGGAUAAGUAAUUUUAAUUAAUACUUAAGAACAUGAUAUAAGCAAGGAAUCAGCAAUUAGAUCGAUCAAAAGAAACUAACUUAUUUUUCAAAAAAUAUAUUUCAAUUUUUACACUGAUUUACCUUUAAAUAAAGAAUUUUUAAUUUAAUAGAUAUUAGAUAAAAUUGAAAAAAAUUAAUAGAUUGUUUUAUAAAGUAUUUAAUGAUUCAAAUAUUAGGCAGAGUUCAUAAUAAUUAAAAACAAAUUUAUUUUUUGAGAAUUGUCUAAUUAAUUGGGAAUCAACCAGAACAUUUCCUUCAAUUGUUAUCUAUUAAAAACGAGCAUAAUGAACCUAAAGUAAUAGGAGAAAAAGAGAAAGGAUUAUUAAUCAAAUAUUUAGAAGAACAUGUAAGAAUUCUUGGAUUUACUAGUCCAAUUUAAAAAGAAAUCAAGCUUCCCUAAUACUAAAAUAUUAAAUAAAAAGAUGUUUAAUAAUAAGAUUUCUAAUUGUUUUAAUAACUAUUUGACGGGUCAAUUAAAUAGAUGAAUUCUAUUUUGGAUUAGCAAUCUAAUUCAUAAUGUUUGGUAAUUUGUAAAGAAAUCUAAGCAAUCUAAGUACUAGUUUCCUAUUUAAAAACUAAAUUUGAAGUGAUUAAAUUAAAUUUAGACAAAUUAAAUCAGCAAGGAUAGAAUGAAAAACUAUAAAAUGGUAUCAUUAUGGAUUUAAAAUAGUUAAAAAGUUUAUCAAACAUAUAUUCUGGUAAUCCAGAUAAGUGUGUUUGAAUGAUAUACUAAUAGUAGUCAAAGGUGUUGAAUCUAUUAAGAGCAUUGAUUUAAUUGAUUUUUAAUAAUCAUUUUAAAUACUUAUUUCAAAUGUAAGUUAUAUAUCAUUUAUUUAGAUUUUAAGUAAGCUUAUGAGAAAUUAAAUAAUGGAAUAUCCUUCAGUUAAAUUAAUUUUGGUAUCGCCAUCAAAAGAGUAUUUAAAUGUAAACCUUGAAAGUAUUUAUACUUAUUAAUUCAGGAAACUUUUCAAAGGACUAAAUUAUUGAAUUUAAUAAACCUAAAUUAGAACUAAGAUAGCGAAUUUUCGAAUAAUUUUACCAAUCUUAAGAGAUUAAAAAAUGUGCUGAAUUAUUAGCACAAAAAUCUGAAAACUUUAAUUUUAGUUAAUUUAAUGCUUUAUAAAAUAGAGAAAAAUACUAAAAGGAAUUGAAUCAAUAAAUAUCGGAGGAAUGGAUUUUAUAAUAAACUAAUGAUUUACAAGAUUAAUAGGUGUAAUUAAAUAAGAAAAUACCAACAUUCAAAGAAAUAGGUGGUCUGAAAGAAUAAAAGUAAAUAAUUUUAGAUCUUUUUAAUUUACCAAUGAAAUACGAGCAUUUAUUUGCAAAAUCCAAAAUUAAACUUCCUAAAAGUGUUUUAAUUUAUGGAAUGCCAGGUUGUGGAAAAACUUAUUUUAGUUUGAGUAUUUGCAACUAAUUAAAAAUAAACGUAUUAACAGUAAAAGGACCUGAAUUACUAGAUAAGUAUAUAGGUACAUUUACUAAUAAUAAAUUUAAGGAUCCUCUGAAUAGAAUGUUAGAGAUCUCUUUUAAAAGGCUUAAUCGCUAUCUCCUUGCAUUAUCUUUUUGGAUGAAAUAGAUUCCGUUGUGCCUGUUAGAACAUCAUCACAUUCAGGAGUUACAGAUAGAGUUGUCAAUUAAUUUUUAUGCUAUCUAGACGGAGUAGAGGAAGGAAUGAAGGGAGUCUACAUAGUCGCUGCUUCAAGUAGACCUGACUUAAUUGAUCCAGCCAUAUUAAGGCCAGGAAGAAUUGAUAAGCAUGUUAGAAUAGAUUUGCCUAAUAAAGAGGAGAUCCUUUAAAUUUUGGAGAUUUAUAAAGGUCCUUUAGAAUUUGAUGGGAUUGCAGUAGAAGAGAUAGCUGACUCUUUGUUUGGGUUAUCCCAAGCUGAUGUUGUCUCUUUUUUUAAGGAAGCCAGAAUAUAUUUAACUGAUAGAAUAGUUUAAUUAGAAGAUUUUAGUCUAAAAAGAAAGGUGUAAAAAAUAGAUGACUUUAAAUUAACUAAGGAAUUGUUUCAGGACAUUAUGAAGAAUAUGAAACCCAGUUUGAGUUAAAAAUAGAUACUAUUCUAUAAAGAUGUAUAUAAUAGAUUUGAGAAGGGAGGCAUAACGGAUAUGAAUAAUCAAAAAUAAGCCUUAUAGUGA